CGUCAUCAUGGCCUCGGAAGCAAUCAAGCAACAGAUCAUAUCCAAUCCCGGUCUCUGUCAGCUCGGGCAAUUAUUUCAAGCAGCCCACCACGAUUUACGACUGGCAGGUGGGGCUGUGCGUGAUCUUUUGCGCGGGCUCUCGCCCAAGGAUCUGGAUUUGGCCACAACCGCCACACCCGAGGAAUCCAAAGCCAUCCUGCUGGCCGCCCACGUUCGCGUCGUGGAAACUGGUCUUCAGCAUGGGACGGUGACGGCCGUCAUUGACGGCGAGCCCUUUGAAAUCACCACCUUGCGUAUUGACGAGCAAACAGAUGGCCGCCGUGCCAUGGUGGUUUACACGGACGACUGGCACCUUGACGCCCAACGGCGCGAUUUGACCAUCAAUGCCAUGUUCAUGGACUUGCAUGAUGAGCGAAUCAAGGAGGAUUACUUGCGGAUUAUGCGCUACUUUCGCUUCCACGGCCGCAUUGCACUGAACAACGAGCACGAGGCUGCUCAGCUGUCGGCCAUCCGCGCCAAUGCUGCCGGGCUCGAACAAAUUUCUGGCGAGCGCGUCUGGAUGGAACUGGCCAAAAUUCUCGAGAUGUUGAUGGAGGUGGGCGUGCCCAAGGGUCGAGUCAUGGGUCGUGUCAUUCAGGCGCUGCGCAUCAGCUGGAAGGCUGCUCGCUUCACCAAAUCAGCUGAUCAACUCCUCGAGGAAGUGCCCGCCAUCCUCGCCGAGGCCCAGUCAUAACUCAUCGGCAGGUCCUUCCCUCUCCCAGAUCAAAUUGACUUUUUUUUUUU